CCAACCUUCGUCUCCUGCUCUCAUCAUCCAAGACAUGAUAGCCGUACAGCAGGCUGUACCCCUCCCAGAUCCGCUCUCGGUCCCUGCAAAUGCACCGGAACAUUGUCCUGGAACGGAGUCGGAACUGGCAGGAAAGGCAGAUGCAUGCGCGGGAUGUGCCAACCAGGAGAUAUGUGCGUCCGGAGUCGCGAAGGGACCAGACCCUGCCCUACCAUUCGUACGGGAGCGCAUGUCGACUGUGAAGCGGAAGAUCCUCGUCCUCUCCGGGAAGGGCGGAGUUGGCAAGUCCACUUUCACUGCGCAGCUGGGGUGGGCAUUCGCGGCGGACGAUACAUUGCAGACAGGGAUCAUGGACGUUGACAUCUGCGGCCCCUCGAUUCCUACCAUCCUCGGCAUCGCAUCUGAGCAAGUGCACGCAUCCUCUUCAGGAUGGUCACCCGUCUACGUACAAGACAACCUCGGUGUCAUGUCCGUCGGCUUCAUGCUUCCCUCCUCAAAGGACGCAGUCAUGUGGCGGGGGCCCAAGAAGAACGGGCUCAUCUCGCAGUUCCUCAAGGACGUCGACUGGGGCGAGCUCGACUACCUCGUCAUCGAUACGCCCCCGGGCACGUCCGACGAGCACCUCAGCAUCGUAACCUACCUCAAGGAGAGCGGCAUCGACGGUGCCGUCGUCAUCACCACCCCACAGGAGGUCGCACUCCAGGACGUCCGGCGCGAGAUCGACUUCUGCAGGAAGGUCGACAUACCGGUGAUUGGCCUCGUGGAGAACAUGUCUGGCUUCGUGUGCCCUAGCUGCAAGAACGAGUCGCAGAUCUUCAAGCCGAGUACCGGUGGAGGGCGGAGGCUCGCGCAGGAUAUGGGUGUUGACUUCCUGGGCGCCGUGCCCUUGGAUCCGCGGAUAGGCAAGAGUGCGGACUACGGUGUCAGCUUCCUGGACGAGUACCCAGACAGCCCCGCAAGUAUCGCAUACCUAGACAUCAUUGACAAAAUUAAGCAGAAGCUCGGGGACUGAGGCUCACCUCUUCUCUGCCUUUUCAUUUCCGUGGACGGCUGUGUUAUUGGGUCUCAGACUUGUUGUAGCUACUAGAUCUAUUGCAUGUAUUUUACUCACAUCCAUAUACAAGAGCAAUCAUUGGAGAGAACAUUGAGUAUAC